UCUUGUAGCAACCAUGCGCUAAACAAAACUGAGCAGGCUCUGUGCGGUAGGAGAUUAGUGGUCGCUUUGGCGUAGCACGCGAAGGACUGUAGUGGGGGCGUCAUGUGGCAACGGGGCAAAUUGGCUUUCUUGCUCGUGCUGGUUCAGGUGUGUCUCAUCAUCGCCUACACGCUGUGCGUUCAGUACGACGAGAAUGCAGAUGCAUCGAACGGGAAGAACAGUCUGUCCCCUGCACUGGGUGGUAAUGAUCCCAGGAAAAACCCUCUGGAGCAAUAUUAUUCAAUGUUCCAGGAUGUGAACGUGAUGGUCUUCGUGGGUUUCGGUUUCCUCAUGACCUUCCUGAGACGGUACAGCUACAGUGCAUUGGGACUCAACCUUCUCUUGUCGGCCAUUGCAAUCCAGUUCGCAGUGCUCAUGCGAGGAGUUUGGCAUGCUGAGAAUGGAACCAUCCAGCUCUCCAUUUCCAGUAUAACCGGCGCGGAGUUCGCGGCGGCAUCUGUUCUAAUUUCAUUCGGAGCUGUCCUGGGCAAGACAAGCGCUGUGCAACUGCUCGUCAUGGCCAUCAUUGAGACUGUUAUUUUCUGCUGCAACGAACACUUGGCGAUCAAUAAGCUAAUCGUGUCCGACUUAGGUGGUUCCAUUGUGCUACACACAUUUGGUGCUUACUUUGGUUUGGCCGUCGCUCUUGUGCUGUAUUCAAAGGAUCACAAAGAUCACAGCAAGGACUGCUCCUCCUACAACUCAAAUGUCUUCGGCGUUAUAGGAACUCUGUUCCUGUGGCUCUUCUGGCCGAGUUUCAACGCGGUCGGUGCCCAAGGUGACGCACGACACCGGGCUGUUCUCAACACCUUCCUCGCUCUACUAGCUAGCACCAUUGCUGCCUUCGCCAUGUCAUCGCUUACAAACCCGAAAAACCGCUUCAGGAUGGCACAUGUGCAGAACUCCACUUUAGCUGGAGGCGUUGCCAUGGGUGCAGUGGCAAACAUGAUGGUUCAGCCGUACGGUGCCUUCAUAAUUGGCUUUGCAGCCGGCUGUAUUUCUGUGCUGGGAUUCAAGUAUCUGGGCCCGCUAUUAACACGUCGUUUCCGCCUCCAUGACACCUGCGGCGUCCACAAUCUUCACGGGCUACCUGGAGUUCUGGCUGGGCUCGUUAGCGCCAUCGUUGCGACUAAAGCUACGGAGAAAGAAUACAACUACAGCCUGUACACGCUGUACCCGGCUCGUGCUCCCACGGCCAACUCUUCUGAACUGAAUGUCAUCCGCCACUACACGCUCGACGUGUCUGCCGGGCUGGACAGGUCGGCCUCGCAGCAAGCUCUGUAUCAGCUGGCAGCCUUGGCUGCAACGUUGGUCAUCGCAGUCGGAGGUGGACUCGCAACAGGUCUACUGUUGAAAUUGAAGUUCUUCGACCCCGUGGAUGGUGAUAAGGCCUUUGACGACUUUGAGUUAUGGGAAGUUGAAGCAGAACCUGAAGCGGCGGCAGCCAACGCGCGGACUCCAGUGAAGAGCAACCAGAUCGCCAUGGCUGAACAGGUCCCAGACAGUGCCCGGGGACGGUUGCCAGCCCACUUCAACGGAGCCUAUGAUGUCAAUCUGCAGCAGUGACCACCAAACUCACCCUCUUAUCUCAUAACAUACAUACUACUAAUUAUUCAUUGUUGGCAUUGAAGAUUACCACAAUCCUGUACCAUACACAUAGACAGCUACUCUAGAACAUUCAGAAAGGUUUGUUUUUGACGGCGAUAAAUAUGCUAAUAAACCUUAUUGCUCGUU